AUGGGUCCGCCUGUCACUCGUUCGCGCACUCUGUCUUCUGAUGCUAGGGCUGUUGCCCGAUGUCGAGUUCAGAUUCUAGGGCUGUUGCCCCGAUUUCGAGUUCAGAUGCUAGGGCUGGUGCUAGGGCUACAUAGAUCAGUUUUCAUGACGAGCGCCACUGAGCGGCUCGUUCGCAAUUUGCAGGAACUCAACGAUGACGACAACGUACAUGGGAGAGAUGCGAAGACACUGCGGGAUUCUACUGCCUUUGCAAUUACGGAAGUAUGGAACGAAGCCACGUCAGCAACCAGUUCGGUAACAAAGAAAGUGGACGAAGGUGCUUCUACCUUGCUUCAUAAUAUAGAGUAA